AUAUCCUGCCGGCCCGCUGAUACCCAUCAGUAGUGUCGCAGCUUCCCUGAGGAGCAGUGGUUGGGUGCGUGUGUGUUCCAGCCUUCCUUAUCGCCGACUCCAGACAGCUCCAAAGAGCAAGAUCCUCCGCAGAUUCUCAGAACUCAGACCUCAUUCCAUCAAAAGAUGUCUGUGGCUGUGAUGUGUGAGAUGUGCUCAGCAGUCUACCAGACGGAAUCGUGCGAUCCGGUUCUACUGCCCUGCGGCCACACCUUCUGCCGCACCUGUGUGGCCGGCGUUCAGAGGAAGGGCGACCUCUCCUGUCCGACCUGCAGCCGAGACAUCAGUCAUCUUGAUGUCAAGGACCUGCUGGUCAAUUUCCAAGUCUUAAAUCUCUCACGGAACUACAACAAACUUCAGCAAGACAGCUGUCGGGACCACGGUGACGAACUGAAGUACUGGUGUCGGGACUGUGAGAGUUCCCUCUGCAGCCUCUGCCUCUACACCGACCAUCCCCAGGGGCACCGGGUCCUCCUCGCCAGGACCUUCCUGGAGGAGAGGAAGCACUCCCUCAAGGACCAGGCUAUGUAUAUAGAUCGGACGGUGAAAGAGACGACUCAUGACUUUCACAGUAAUCUCCGACAGUGCUUCCAGAAGAUAAAAAUAUUGACGCAGGUCCAGGCAGAUGUGUUGGGGAUCUUGAAUGAUCUCCAGAAGUCUUGUAGCAUAAAGAGCGUUCUUAAUUUAGAAGAAAAAAUGAAGGCACUUCAAGAUAAAGGUCUGAGCUCUUUAACUAAUGGUGGUAUUAAAGUUCUUAAUGGAGGUGAUGACGGACAAACGGCUGUUGGGAUUGAAGAAGGGAAGACCGAGGUUGCUAAAGACCUCAUCAUGCAACAGCAGAAGGCCCCGCCCGUCGCCCACCAAACUGUCAACAGUCAACGUGUCAAACUGGACUGUCGCGAUGGUCGACUCCUGCUUCACUCACUCGCCCAGCAUGUCGACACCCACCUCUCCAUGCAGCUGCCAUCUGAGGUGUUCUUGGAACUGAGUGCCGGUGGCCGGUGUCUGGGUCGUGUCUAUAUCCAGCUGUGGAGCCAUCUUCGACGGGCACACCAGUUCCUGGCUCUCUGCCUCGGCACUCUGGGGCCUUCCCACGUCGGCGCCUCCUUCAAGAGUGUUUCAGAUAUGGAUAAGGAGCGAGAAACUAUCUGGUGUACAGAAUAUUGUUCUCCUGGCGGAGGGACUGGCUACAGGGCGCUGAUGUUGGACAUGGAGUGGGACGGCGAAUACGGCAGCGAACCUCGGCAGGGCCUGGUGGUGGCCUACUCCAACGAUGUUAACAAUUAUGGCUUCGGUAUCUGCACUCGAGGGAAGCCAGGUGCUAACUUCUCCAGUCCCUUCGGUCAGGUGUCGUCAGGGCUGGAGGUGGUCCAGUCUGCUGUCCGUCAUGACCCCGUCACUGAGGUCACCAUCACUGACUGUGGCCUGGUGAUCCCUGACCUGACACAACCCAUCACGUCUUGACCCCGUCACCAAGGUCACACUGUGGUUUCGUGAUCCCUGACCUGACACGACCCCAUCACGUCCUGACCCCGUCACCAAGGUCAUACUGUGGCCUCGUGACCUCUGACCUGACGCAUCACACCACGUCCUGACCACACAAGCGCUACGUUCUAGUCGGCAUUGGGGACAUGCGUUCGAUGUCGUAACAUGGUUUCACCAGUCCUUGCUCUAUUCCUCAUCUGGACUAGUCUGAUACUAGUCCUCAGAUUAGGCAAAAUUGUAAUUAAUUUUGUCAAUAAAGAUGUUAAUAAUAAUAAAAGUCUGAUACUAAA